AUGCCUUUAGCGCCGAAGGCCAAACUUGAUUAUCCACUCCACUGGGCGGUGUUCGCGAAUAAUGUCGAGGAACUUGAACAAUUAUUGAAAGACAAAGAAACGCUCGACAUUGACAAGGUUGAUCCACGCGGAAGGACACCGCUAUUGCUGGCAGUGACAAUCGGCAAUGUGAAAUGCGCGCAAUUGCUAUUGGAGAAUGGAGCGAACGCGGACGCACAUAAUAAAGAAAUGUGGUCGGUGUCGCAUGAAGCGGUUUCUCUCGGCAAUCCGGAACUCAUUACCAAUGUCAUUCAUUAUCGCGAUUUUGAACGAGCUGGACGCGGCGCUCGUGCGAUGCGAACUGCCCUCAACAAGCUUAAAGAUGUUCCCGACUUUUAUUGCGAAAUGAGCUGGGACUUCUCCAGUUGGGUGCCGUUCCUUAGUCAAGCGUGCCCAUCAGACACCUAUAAAAUCUACAAGUCAGGAUCAAGAGUUCGCAUGGACACCACGAUGGCGUCGUUCGAAACGGCAUCGUCGGUUCGUGAGAAUCAGUCGAUCGUGUUUCGGCUCAACGCCGACAAUAAUCCCGAAUUUGUGGUUUUGGAUCACAAUUCGAAAAGUGCUUCCGUGCAAGAGCUACGCGAUGAUUUGGACUUUGACGAUUAUAAACCAUCUCCGGACUCAAUCGCGUUACGAAUGAGCUCCCCAAUUACCACAACGUACAUCGAUGUUGAUCAAAUCGGCUUCGAGCGAACAUCACGCGGUCUAUUGUCGUGGCUGAGCGGCUCCGACGGCACCGAGAAAGUCGACGGAUAUGAUUGUCGGGUGCUGGCAGCAUCAAAUGUCCAAUUGGUCACCAAAAAACGAAUGGAGCACCUGUCGCAAUUUGACCGUGAGAGAAUUGCUCAGGAAGAAUCGACGGCGUCGUCGAAAGCAAUUGGCGGCAUUAUGAAAAUGAUGCAGUCGGAGAAAUGCGAUGAGCGAACGACAGUGGAUCUUUUUGAAGGCGGUCUCACUCCAGUGGAAUAUUUGGACGCCACGUUCAAAUUUGAGCCGGGAACCGACAUCGGCCGCCCGAAAGACAUUGUCAAAAAGUCGAACUCGUUCAAAGCCACACUAUGGAUGGCUGACGAUUACCCAUUGAGCCUUCAAGAGCAGGUGAUCCCAAUCGUUGAACUCAUGGCAAUUAAUAGUUCGCAUUUUGCGCGUCUCAACAAUUUUAUCAGAUUGCAAUUGCCGGCGGGUUUCCCCGCGAAAAUUGAGAUUCCAUUGUUCCAUGUGCUUAGCGCAAGGGUCAGCUUUAGCAAUGUGAACGAACCGGGUCCAUAUGUCACGCCGAUUGACGUCCAGUCGAACUUCAAAGCGCGCGCGGUUGUCAUUGACGACGCCGCGUUCGACGUGCCGCCAAAUUAUAUAAUUGUUUCGCCGGAGGACUCGCAUUUCAAUAUCACGUGGGAAGACGAGAAUGAUCCGAGAAGAUCGAGGAGUAUGCUCAAUUCGACGGCAUACCGCCCAUCAGAAGAGAUGCUCCUCCAAAUGGCCAUCGAGCAAAGUCUACGCGAGGCUGGCAACACCUCCGAUGCCAAUGUGACCGAUGAGCAACUCGCGAGAGCCCUUCAAAUGCAAUUCGACUCGACGGACUCGGAUUCGUCGGCAUCGCGAGCCGUCCUACCGCCGACGCCGGUUGAUACGGAAUUGGAGCUGGCGCUUCGAGCGUCGGAAAUGGACGAGGAGCGUCGACGACGCGAGCAAGAGCAAUUCGAGGAGGAGCUGCAAAAAGUGCUCGAGCUCAGCAAAAAUGAUAAAUAG